AUGAACCACGUCAUCUCUUAUUCCAAAACCGGAUCUGUUGAUGUGCUUGAGUACAAGGAGGCGCCUAUUCCUUCAGCUGGCCCUCACCAAGUGCUCGUAAAGAAUGCCUAUGCAGGUGUGAACUACGUCGACACAUACUUCCGUGAAGGUCUUUAUGAAGCUGCUCUUCCCAGCGUCUUGGGUAUUGAGGGUGCUGGUGUCGUCGAGUCGCUCGGCGAGGAGGUGACAGACUUUAAAGUUGGCGAUCGUGUUGUGUAUAUGACUAUGGGCGGCUCCUAUGCUCAAUAUACUGCUGCAUACACGCUCUUCAUGGCAAAGAUUCCCGAUGAAGUUUCGUUUGAAACUGCAUGUGCCAGUUUGGUACAAGGAUUGACUGCCUAUAUGCUCAUUACCCAUUCUUACAACGUCCAGAAAGAUGACUGGGUAGUCGUUUAUGCUGCUGCUGGUGGUGUCGGCAGCUUCAUGUGUCAAAUGCUCAAGCACAGAGGAGCUCAUGUUAUUGCGGUUACAUCAACCGAGGAAAAAGGACAGAUGGCCGUAAACUACGGUGCAGAGUGCUCCUGUCGUUAUGACAAACUUGCUGAAACUGUCCGUGAGAAGACGAAUGGCAAGGGUGUACGUGCCGUAUUCGAUUCUAUCGGAAAAGACACGCUAGAUUUGAGUCUCGAUAUUCUUGCACUUGAAGGUCGCUUUGUCAGUUUUGGUAAUGCAAGCGGUCCGAUCGACAACUUUUCACUCAACAGAUUGCAACGUCGUUGCCUCAAAGUUACGAGACCCGGACUGCUUCACUUUUUUGAGGACCAUGAAUCUUUUGCAAACGCAGCUCAAGCAUUGUUUGAUGAAAUUACGAAUAAUGGCGUUAAGGUGUCUAUUUUCAAGGAAUACCCAAUGUCCGAAGCUAAGCAAGCUCAUUUGGACAUUCAAAGCCGUAAGACCACUGGCAAGCUGUUGCUCAAGUGCUAA